UAUAGACCCAUAACGCUUUUAAAUACAAUGGCAAAAAUAAUGGAAAAGAUAAUAAACAACCGGCACAUAUGGUCUCGAAAAGAAUAAACUUAUAUCAAACAAACAAAGCGGGUUCCGCAGAUCUCGUUCCACACUUGACAAUUUAGUUACCAUACACUCCGAAAUAAACAAAACAUUUGCCACAAAUCAGUAUCUUGAAAUGAUAUGUCAAGACAUUACAAAAGCUUACGACACUAUAUGGAGACAUCGAGUAAUUCAAAUAUUCAGUAAAAUUAUAUCUAAUGGUAAUAUGCUUAACUAUAUUAAAAGUUUCCUAGACAAUCGACAAUUCGCAGUCAAAGUAUCAAACACACUCUCUGUAAAUCUCUUACAAGAAAACGGAGUACCUCAAGAUGACUUCAACUUCUGGUGCAGGAGCAACAACCUAUCAACUGUACAAAGGUUCCUCGAAGAAACAGCCAACAAACUAACUCAAUGGGCCAAUACGUCAGGUUUCAAAUUCUCCAAUUCAAAAUCCCAAUGCAUUAUAUUCUCUAGAAAAAGAGGGCAAAAACAUAUAAACGUUCAAAUAGAUGGAAAAAACAUACCAAACAAUAACACAGUCAAAAUUCUCGGCCUGAAAUUUGAUACAAAAAUGAACUGGAUCCAACAUCUAAAAUACCUAAAAACGGAUAUUAACCAAAAAUUGAAUUUAAUAAAAAUGUUAAGUCACACCCAAUGGGGGGGAGAUGAACAUACACUAAUCCGCAUACAUAGACAACUUAUCAGAGCAAAGUUAGACUACGAAGCAAUUUUAUACCAAUCAACCAGCCACUCACAUCUUAAAAUAAUAGACAGUGCAUUAAACUCCAGCAUAAGACUAUGCAUUGGAGCUUUCAAAUCAAGCCCUAUAGAAA